UUGGAAUCGAAGCGUUGUUUCCACUCGGACUGUUUCAAGCGACGCACACAGGAAACACACGUAUCGAAACAGCGUUGUGUCCGGAUGAGAGAAUUAAUACAUACAAAGUAAAGGAAACUGUAAACUGUGGAGGUUUUAGGGCUCCGUUUGUGACAGUUAAAAUGGGAAAGAAAAGGGGGAAGGACAAGAGCUCCAGAGAGGACGAUGAAUUUGACCUGGCAGGUCCAUCCUGCAGGCAUAUAAAAAAGGGAACAGACCAAACUCUUUUAAAGAAACUCUCAGGGAAUUCUGAAUGGACGAGUUGCCAGGAUUGUAAGCAUGAAGAAAAUAAAGAGAAUAUCAGCACCACUAUGCCACAAGACGCAGAAGAGGAAACGGAAUCAACAGCCAUAUGGAUGUGCUUGAAAUGUGGCCAUAUAGGAUGUGGACGAAACUCUGAGAACAAGCAUGCCAUUCAACAUUACGAGACUCCUCGGUCGGAUCCACAUUGCCUGGUAAUCAGUUUGGACAACUGGAAUGUUUGGUGUUACAUAUGUGAUGAUGAAGUCCAGUACUCAAGAACCGGACAUUUGGCUCAGCUGGUGACCAACCUAAAAAAGCAAACUUCUGCAGAUCCCAUCAAGAGGCCGCAGAAAAGAGUGAAAGAAGAAGACAGCUUGUUAGAAGUUGAUCAGAAGAUAGAGACUGUAAAGGCAGAGGAAAGUGAGGACAAUGAAAACAAAGGCCAUCAAAAGAAAAACACCAAGAAAGACAGUGUUGGAAAAUCACAAAAGUCUGGCACAUCUGAAGACAAUGGUGGUGUUUUGGUAAAAGGACUGAGCAACCUGGGAAACACAUGUUUCUUUAAUGCAGUCAUUCAGAAUCUUUCUCAAACACAGCUCUUAAGACAGACUCUCAACAAAGUGACAGAACAGAACAUUAGUCUCAACAUUAAACCUGUUGCUUCCUCGGAUCUGGCUCCUAUUGCAAUGCAGCUAGGCCAGCCUGGAUCCCUGACUUUGGCUAUGUGUCAAGUACUCAAUGAAAUACAGGAAUCCAAGAAAGGUGUGGUAACACCACGAGAGUUGUUCACACAAGUUUGUAAAAAGGCUGCCAGGUUCAAAGGAUUUCAGCAGCAAGAUAGCCAGGAGCUGCUACGCUACCUUCUGGAUGGGAUGCGAGCUGAAGAGAUCAAAAGAGUAAGCUCAGGGAUCAUGGAGGCAUUGAAAGAAUCUAGAAAAGGCACAGAUGCAGAGGCGCUGAAAACACUAGUUAAAGAGUACGAAAAAAAUGGAUUUCCAAAAAACUUUGUUGACCAAGUUUUUGGUGGGGAAAUGACCAGCACUGUAAUGUGUCAGCAGUGUAAAACGGUGUCUGUGGUCACAGAGAUGUUUUUGGACCUUUCCCUUCCUGUUUCUGACGAGGCAUACAGAAAGAAGAACCAGAAAAAAGCAGUUCAGAACACCAGUGAGUCAAGCCAGGAUGGCAGAAACAGCCCUCCUUUGACAAACGGGAAUGAUGACAUUCCCAUCGGAUCCGGCAGCAAGUACCAGCAGAAGAAAGCAAAGAAACAGGCAAAGAAGCAGGCAAAGCAUCAAAAGAGGCAGCAGAAGAUUGAGGGCAGAGUCACUUUGGACAGUCUCUCAUCUCCGAGCCACACAGAGAGUGAACAGACCGAUGCUACGUCAGAUGCAAAGGACAGGGAAAAUGAUGACAAUGCAACACAUGAAGAAGCCUCACUAAGUGAGGGGAGUCCUGCACAUAUCAGUGUGUCUGAACAGGAUGAGAAGAACCUUGACCAGCUCCAGGAUGAGAAGAACGAAGAGGAGGAGGAGGAGGAGGAGGAGGAUGAGGAUUUAGAGAUCGACUGCGACUCAUCUGCCACGUCAGCAGUCGGCAACCGUUUUACCGUCUUAUCAGACGAGCAGCCCUCAAAGGGUGGCAUCUUAGACGAUGACAUAACUGACAUGGAUCUGGAAAGAGAAGAGGACUCACAGCUGGUGAGUGAAAUGGAGAAAGUAACUCUGGAUGAUGCCUUCAUAGAAGAAUCUAAUGCUGUGGAUCCAACAACGGAGAGUGAUGAUGAGCCACUGGAGGCUAAAGAGUACACUGUAGUAAGUCAGGACCCAGAGCUGGCCUUCAACACACUGGCUACCAGGACAGCCCCUGAGAAACAGGAGUGUUCAGUCCAGUCAUGCCUUUUUCACUUCACAGAGGUUGAAACCCUCACGCAGAACAACAGCCUGCUAUGUGUCACCUGCACUAAACGGCAGCCAAACAAAGACAAAGCUGGAGGAUCCAAGAAGAAUGUCUACACUGAUGCCUUGAAGCAAAUGCUAAUCUCUUCGCCCCCACCAGUGCUUACCCUUCAUUUGAAAAGGUUUCAACAGAAUGGAUACAGUAUUUGUAAGGUGAACAGGCAUGUCCAUUUCCCCCUGAUACUGGAUCUAGCUCCUUUUUGUGCGGUCAAAUGCAAGAACUUGACAGAGGGAGAUACUCAGAUUUCGUACAGUUUGUACGGUAUCGUAGAGCACAGCGGAACAAUGAGGUCAGGUCAUUACACGGCGUAUGUGAAAGCGCGACCUGAGUGCCAUAAAACCUCAUCCAACGGACUUACAGCUGAAGGACCUGUAGAGCCACCCAGAGGAUCCUGGUUCCAUAUCAGCGACACAAGUGUUCAGCCUGUGAGCGAGAGUAAAGUCCAGAGUUGCCAAGCCUACCUCCUCUUCUAUGAAAGAAUCCUCUAAUCGAAUGGUGCCUCCCUGCUCAGGAAAUCCAAACAAUCCAAACAAACCAACGUGCUGCUUCUGCUCCACAGUAUAAGGGAUCUCAGACCAGUUAACCAACCAGAUUUGUCAGUGACUCAAACUGGGCUGUGAUGAAAUGAUAUUGAUUAUACAGAAGGGACAUUUGACACCGAGUUGACAUUUUCAUCACAUCAUCAUAUUAAACGGACCAGCGCUAUGUUUCUCAUCCUCAUUGAAUAUGGCAACGUGUGCAAUGAAAGUCAGAUGGACAUUGAACAGAUUGUCGUGGAUUUGUUCACAAUACAAAAAAAAAAACAGUUUAAGGAGGCAAAUUAAAUAUUGGGUGAAAAUAAUUUGUAAAACAUAUUUAUGUGUCUAUUUUUUAAUCAAUGUUAUGUAAUGAAAUC